CACUUCCUCGGGCGGAUGGAAGAAGUCUGCCUUAACCCCGCCUUCCGCGCUGGGCUCCUUGAGCGCUUGGCGGAGAGGCGGCCGGGGCAGCUGGCCUUUCCACGCGAGGCGGCGAUGCGAGUGGGCGCGCCCGGGGGGACCCCCAAAGGCACCCUCCCGGGCCGAGGUGACGGCGCCAUGAACCCCCCGGCUGGCCAGGACCCCACCCAGAAAGCUUCACAAGGAUGCAGCGCUGAUCCAAAGGCAGCUGUUGAGCUCAAGCAGCUCUGUUGCUCCCAUUCAGAUCUCGCUGAAACCACAGAGUUCAACGCAACAAUGCCUUUGGGGCACUUCGCCAAAGGAGCCAGCAUAGAUGAGCUUAUUGAUACUUGUAUCCAUUCUUUCGAUUCAGAAGGAAACCUAUGUAGAAAUGAUCAGCUAUUGAAGGUAACGUUGACCAUGCAUCAACUUAUUAUAUCAUCAACUGAAGUGCUGCAAAAGCUAAUAGAUUUAUAUCUCGAUGCUCUGGAAGAUAAUUCUUCUUUGCUUUGCUAUAAGAUAUGUUGCCUUGUAAGAUAUUGGAUAAGAGAAUUUUGGAUCAUGUUUAAAACUGAUUCCAGCCUUACAAGCACCAUGGAGGAAUUUCAGGAACUGGUGAGAACUAAUGGUGAGGAGUUACACAGCCGCCUAAUUGACACGUCUCAAAUAAAUGCUCGCGAUUGGUCUAGAAAGAUUACCCAGCGGAUAAAAUCCAACAGCAGUAAGAAACGAAAGGUGUCACUUCUCUUUGAUCACUUGGAACCAGAGGAGUUGUCCGAUCACCUCACUUACCUUGAAUUCAAGUCCUUCCGAAGAAUAUCAUUUUCAGAUUACCAGAACUACAUCAUGAACGGCUGUGUAAAGGACAAUCCAACAAUGGAACGCUCCAUUGCUCUUUGUAAUGGUGUUUCCCAGUGGGUACAACUAAUGGUACUUAAUAGACCAACACCACAGCUUCGGGCUGAAGUAUUCAUCAAAUUUAUUCGUGUGGCCCAGAAACUUCAUCAGUUGCAGAACUUCAACACAUUAAUGGCUGUUAUAGGUGGUCUUUGCCACAGUUCCAUCUCUAGGCUUAAAGAAACAAGUUCUCAUGUUCCUCACGAUGUUCAUAAGGUGUUCAAUGAAAUGACAGAACUGCUGUCAUCUUGUAGGAACUAUGAUAAUUAUCGCCGUGCUUACAAUGAGUGCUUUAACUUUAAGAUCCCUAUCCUUGGAGUACAUCUGAAAGACUUGAUUUCCCUUUAUGAGGCCAUGCCGGAUUACUUGGAAGACAACAAAGUUAAUAUCCAUAAGUUAUACUCAUUGUACAACCAUGUCAACGAACUGAUACAGCUGCAAGAUUUGGGGGCCCCAUUGGAGGCUAAUAAGGAUCUUGUUCAUCUCCUCACAUUGUCCCUUGAUCUUUACUACACAGAAGAUGAAAUUUAUGAACUUUCUUAUGCACGAGAGCCAAGAAGUCACCGGGCUGCACCUUUGACGCCUUCUAAACCUCCAAUAGUCGUAGCAGACUGGGCAUCUGGUAUUGCCCCAAAACCUGAUCCAAAGACCAUAAGCAAGCAUGUUCAGAGAAUGGUAGAUUCGGUUUUCAAGAAUUAUGACCAUGAUCAGGAUGGAUACAUCUCUCAGGAAGAAUUUGAGAAGAUAGCAGCAAGUUUUCCUUUCUCGUUUUGUAUAAUGGACAAGGACAGAGAAGGCCUGAUAAGCAAAGAUGAAAUAACAGCUUACUUCAUGAGGGCAAGCUCAAUCUAUUCUAAGUUGGGCCUUGGCUUUGCCCACAAUUUCCAGGAGUCCACUUAUUUGAAGCCAACUUUCUGUGACAACUGUGCUGGAUUUCUUUGGGGAGUUAUUAAACAAGGAUAUAGAUGCAAAGAUUGUGGGAUGAACUGUCACAAGCAAUGCAAAGAUCUGGUUGUAUUUGAAUGUAAGAGAAGACCUAAAGGCACACCUGUGGAUAACAGUCCGGCAUCAGCCCUUGCAUCUAGUCUCUGUCCCAUGGGACUGAAGGAGCACAUGCAUGGGUUGGAGGAGGGAGGAUUUCCAUUCCCUAACGGAGAAGUAGUUGAGCACAAUGAAGGGAGCAAAGACAGAACUAUUAUGCUGAUGGGGGUUUCAGCUCAAAAAAUCUCAGUGAGGCUAAAGCCUUCCAUCGUGCACAAGAGCACGCAGACUGACCUCAUGCUGAUACAGGAAGAAGGACUCCCUGGACAACAAAAAGAACCAGGAAUGCUACAAGAAAGCACUUUCCUCCAACCUACCGCUCUGUCUCCAUGCCCAAGCCCAGUUCUUAGCCGUAGAAAGGCUUAUGUGAAAUGGGAAAACAAAGAUUGCAACCAAAAAGGAAAGGAGGAGCCAUGUACUUUAAAACCUUCGUACCAGGAACUAGAGCAGGAGAGAAAUAUCCUUGCAACAGAGAAAGAGACUUUGAAGCUGCAACUUAAACAGGCACAUAAGAAAAUUGAAUUCCUCAGCGUUCGAAGAAAUCACAUUUUGGACAGCAGGGAACAUGGAGACUGCUUGUAGCUAACAAGUCAAGAGUUCUUCUCGUGGAAGAUAGUAAAGGCAAAUGGGUCUCAAGGUCUGUUGCAUUCAAGCGCAUGACAGGUGGCCCAUUUCAAACAAAGUUAUCCUUGUUCUGCCUGUUAAUAAUAUGUGUGGAUGCAUGCAUUCCCUUUUGAACAGAUUUAAAAGUUUGCUUUCUGUUGAAAAUGAUUUCACUUGGAAGUCUUUUUAAAUUGAAGCAAGCAAAACUAUUGCUCUGCUCCCAAUAACAAAAUUGAUUGAAAAAGAGAAAUGGAAAAGAUGCCUUCAGAAGCUUCUCUUUCUAGAACCGGAAAUAGUAAGCAAAUUUUGCAGUACAGAGCUGGAAAUGACGUUAUUGGGCAAGGUGAGAGAUGGAGAGAAGUUCUCAAAAUAGCAAACAAGUGUCUUGUUUUAUGUGGCAAACUGUAGCAGUUUAGGACAGUUUAGCCACAGGUUGUGUUGGUGUCAAAUGGACAGAAGAAUUAUGUGAUAUGUCUUCUCCCUCUGAAAUUUAUGCAUCUUAACAGUACUUUGCUCUAGCUGUGAUCUAUUCCCCCAUUCCUCUUUGUAGAAAUUCAGUUCAGAAUGAUUAGUAUAAUAACCUUCACCACACAAUACACCUGAAUUUCACAUAACUACAUUUCACAUGAGUUUAUACACAUACACCCCUUUUAAAGUAAAUUUGGUCUACACAAGCAGAUUGUUGCUGUUUCACUUACUAAAUUCCAAAUAUUAAUUAAUUGAAAGUUUUCCUGUAUGUGAGCCACAGAUUCAGCUACAUGAUCAUUGUAGAAGCAGUGAAGGCCAUCGACAUUUCAAAACCCACACAUAGGUAGUGACGACAGCAUAACAACCUUGAUUUUGUGAUGGGAGUGUAACUUUACCCUUCACAUUUAAUUUGAACAAAGCAUUGUUUUUUUACUUAUUUUAAUGGUAUAUGGAAUCGAGAACUAAUCACUUUUUAAAGGAUCCCACUCAGAUUUUGGCGUUGUUGUACCUGCACUGAUUUUUCAAAGGGCACUUGAAGUAAUUUAUUCAUGAGAAGUAUGGUGAAAUGAAAAUUCUUUUUGCUUGUGAAUCCUGUUGAGCCUCACUGGAUCUUCUACAGUGGUAAAGGUUCCUUUGCUUCCUUUCCAAUUAUUUUGCCGUGCUGAAUCCAAUGUAUGGCGGUCAUAGUGUAUAGAAGUCCAGUCAUUUCUAUCAGAGUGAACGUAAUGGAGAAAGCACUUGAAAGUUGAAAUGCACAUUCAUCUCUUUGCACAGCUUUUGGGAAAUUGGGUGUAGUUCCUUACAUGCAAGCAGCAGGUUCAAAACCUGGCUUGAAAAGGAAAGCCCUUGAUAGCAUUAGCCUGCUUCCUCCUCCCCCCCCCCCCCCGCCCAAGCCAACUUUACUUGAUUAAAUGGCUCAGUAGUUUUAAACUUCAUUCCUGCACACUUAAUAGGUAAUAGGUAAUUACUUAACCACAUCUGUGAAGAAAAAAGCACAAAAAUCAUAUACUUUUGUUUCGUCUUAUAGAAAUAUCUUGUGAUUCAAGGUAAAUGAUACACUAUGAAAUGUGGUAUCAGGUGCUUGUGACUUGGUGUAGUGUGUGUUUUAUUUAUUUACAUCUUGUUUCAAACACAUUCCUUAAUUUAUUUUUACAAGAAUGAGGUAUUAGCUGCCCACCUCUUGCAGCAUUUUAUUUUGUGCUGCAGUGUGUAUAUAUUCUUUUGGAGUGGUUUCACUAUUAAAUAACUCCAGCAUAAUCUGUUUAUAAGAUUAUUUGUAUAAACAAACCUGUAAUUUAAAUGUAUGGUUCAGAAACCAGCUUCAGUUCUGUUAGGUAAAUCUGAUAGUGUUGUAACUACACUCCACUGAUUGUAAAUAUUUAUAAAUUUGUCAUGCAUGGGCUUUAAAAGGUAAACAGAGUUGACUCAGAGCAGUUAUACACUAAGCAUAAACAAUUAAACCACUCUAGAAAGGAAACCCUUAACAACUAGCUAAUGUUUUGCUUCCCCUUCUUUCCUCACACAUUUGCCUUCCUUCAGCAAUCUUCCUCUGUAGUCAAAAACCCUUCUAGUGGGGAACCUUUUGCUCCUGAAGGUUUUCAUUCCUUCCAGAAAGUGGAAUCGUGAUCCAUAGAUGACAGAAACAAGUAUCAAUGAACACACACAGUCACACAAAUAUAUACCACACACACACACAUAUAUAUACAUACACACCCUUCUUUUAUUCUCACUUCUCUCAAUUUUUAUAUAUAUCACAAAACAGCACAUCCAGAACUUCAUCUGUUCUCUAUAAGGUUGCAUUGAGAAACAAGAGUCCUCUUUUCAACAUACAGCACAGAAGUAGUGAGGUACCCAUAUUCCUGCUCUCUGUGGGCAUCUCCUUGUACUUCUCUAGUAUAUGCCAAAGGCAUUCCCCCCAGCACACAGCAAAGAAGGAAUGAAACUUUCAUACUUGCUUCAAAGGUAGAUGAAUAAAGAGGCAGAUGGGACCAUCAAGAGUGAUAGCUAGUAAAUCUUUAGUCACUUUAAAUGUUAUAUUCCUGACUGGCUUGCUCUCUUUUGCCUGCCUGGGCCUUGGGCCCACUUCCUCUUGGGGAAAUAAGGUGGGGAUUCAGUCAGCAAAAAGCUGGCCUUCAUGCCUAUACAGGUGUGAGAGGCCAGUGAGGAAAUACAGUCAAGUCAAACCUUUCAUACAAUUCUUUAAAUUGUUUUAAGUAAUUUGACUGAAGCCAAAAAUAUGUGUUCUCUUGUAGAUGAAGUUGCUGAGAUAAAUGAUGUGGGAGUAUUUGUAAAGCAGCGUGCAAAGAUAACUAACUGUAGCUCACCUUCAUGGACCUGAGUCAGUAAAUAGUUGCAGGAGUUACCCAAAAGGUGGCAAAACCAUAAAAACCAACCAAACUUACCUUCCUGCAAUCUACAUUUAAGAUAAAUAUGCUCAUGGCAAAACCUCCUAAACCCUCGUAUUAGGUAAGAUUUGACUUCCUGAAGGAGCAUACCCUAGGAAUGCAUUUUUCCUGAUUAUACCUAGUGCACUGGUUUGUAUCCUUUCAUAGAAGUCACAUACGUAUUUCUGUAAACUAGAUCAGAUUGCUGUAUGAGCAACAUGUAGAACAUUUGAAAACAAUGUGGACAUUUCAUUUGUUUUAAGGGAAGUAGCUAGGCUGUUAACAAGAAUUAACUGGUUUAUUAAUUUCAGUGUAAAAUUCAAGGUACUGAUAGUAACCUGUACACGUCUGGUUAGUGGUUCCCUUAUGUAGCCACAUGAAGGUCAUGAUUCUAUAGACAGAUAAAUGCUGUUGUAGAUUUGAUUGUUUUUGAGUCUCAUGUGCAAACAGAUCAGUAGCCUUAUUUCCCCCCUAAAUGUAUGUGAGUUCAUGAACAGGCUUCACAGCCACACUAUCAGCUUUUAAAACCUCUAUUUGCAUGAAAUGAUGCAUUCUCAGUACCAAUGUAUUAGCUAUUGCUCAAACUAUCACAUUACGCAUAUUUAUAGCAAUUGUUCUCAAAGUUUUGAAAAACAUUUGCAGUCUGUGAUGCCAGCAUGACGGACAUAUCCUUCUCAGCAUUCCUUCCAUACUACACAUAUGCCAAAACAUCAUACCCUUCAAGUUAUUAAGGCUUCUCAUCUUAUACUAAUGCUAGCUAUUUCACAUUUACUAUAACUGAAAUGAGUACAUGGAAAAGUAUGAAAAAAUCAAGAAUGUGAUCUUGCAACAGCAAUGGUUUUUUAAAGUCUUUUCUUCAAAUCUGCUUUCAUCUGACAAAGAUAUCUGUAAGACUGUGAUAAGCAAAGAAACUGACUUUUAGAUGUACAGGCUGUAAAAGGUGGGUGAUGUGCAUUUAAUUUGAUAUUUAUUAAAAUUUGAACGACAUAA